UGAUUACUGCCUCAGGACCAAGCUAUUCCGUGAAUACAGCUUGCUCAUCCUCAAUGUACGCCAUUGAUCACGCAAUUAAAACUAUUCAACGAGGACAAUGCGAAGGAGCAAUCGUGUGCAGCUCAAAUUUUUGCUUAACCCCCACAGAAUACUCACCCUCUACACCAUUUCUCAGCCCAGAUGGGACAAGUGCACCAUUUGAUGUAGAUGCAAACGGUUAUGUGAGAUCUGAAGCAGUAGUCGUAGUUUUUUUGCAAAAAAGAAAACACGCGAGACGGAUUUACUCAACCAUCAUUCAUUCGUCAACCAAUUCCGAUGGAUUUCAAGAAAAUGGAUCAGGUUUUCCAUCGAUCAAAGCACAAAUAAAUCUAUAUCAACAAUUUUACCAAGAAAUUAGCCUGGAUCCCCGAAGGAUUUCUUAUAUCGAAGCUCAUGGUACUGGAACUCGGGCAGGAGAUACUGCGGAAGGAACAUCCAUCGAUAAUUUUUUCUGCGCGAAUCGUGCAACUCCAUUAAAGGUGGGAUCAGUCAAAUCGAACAUGGGACACGCUGAGGCGGCAGCAGCUUUAUGUAGCAUAAUCAAAUUAAUCAUAGCUUUCGAAACUGGAACGAUUCCUGCCAAUCUACGAUACAAUAAACCAAAUCCCGACAUUAAGGGUUUGAUUAAUGGACAUCUCGAGGUUAUUUUAUAACAUGGAAAUCAUGUUUCAGCUACCAUCGUGAUUUUGUGUCACAGAAACUGAAUUCAAUUUUCAUUUUAAAGAUCGUUACAAAAUCAAUUCCCUUGGAAGGGGAUUACUUUGCAUUAAGUUCGUUCGGAGUUGGUGGAUCUAAUGGUCACAUUGUCCUAAAACCUCAUAGAAAAGUCCAAGAUGAACAACAUUCGAUCGAUGAAAAUAUGCAUUGGCUAGUUACAGCAUCUGGAAGAACAGAGGAAGCAGUUGACUGCAUUUUGAAUUCUGUUGAAAAAAAUAGGAAUGCCGAGUAUAUUCGAUUAUUGCAUGAAAUUUUCAAAUACGGAAUUCAAGGUCAUCCUUAUAGAGGAUACAUAAUUCUACAAAAAAAUAAUUCACCCAAAGUGUCUAAAAAAUUCUUUUCUGGUGAAAAACGGCCAAUAUGGUUUGUUUUUAGUGGUCUAGGAUCGCAAUGGCCUGCAAUGGGAAAAUUGUUAAUGGAAAUUCCAAUUUUCGCUCAGUCUGUACGUAAAAGCCACGAUGCGCUACGAUCAAAGGGUCUUGAUGUAAUAAAAAUCAUUUCAAAGGACGAUCCUCAAAUACUCGACAAUAUUCUAAACAUAUUUGUAGGAAUAACAGCCAUUCAGAUUGGUUUAGUGGAUGUAUUGAGCAUAAUAAAUAUUAGACCAGAUGGAAUCAUCGGUCAUUCAGUAGGAGAAAUAGCAUGUGGAUAUGCUGACGGUUGCUUGACAGCCGAACAAACGAUUAUGGCAGCUUAUUACAGGGGUUUGGUUUUAAUGGAAAGUGGUUCCAUCAACGGAACUAUGGCAGCUGUUGGUGAAAGCUACGAAACGAUGAAAAAUCUCAUACCCCAAGAAAUCGAUAUCGCAUGUCAUAAUGGUCCCAACAGCUGUACCUUAUCAGGACCAACGGAUAUUAUGCAGAAUUUCAUCGAGACAUUACAAGAAAAAAAUAUAUUUGCACGCAAAGUGAAUUCUGCAAACAUUCCAUCCCAUAGUCGUUACAUCGCUUCACGGAAAUUGCCAUUUUUAUCCUACCUCAAAAAAGUUAUUCCGGAGCCGAAAAUUCGUUCAAAAAAAUGGAUAAGCACAUCUGCACUAGAGCACAAUUGGGAUAACGAAGAAGUCAAAUAUUGUUCUGCCGAAUAUCAAUCGAAUAAUUUCGUAAAUCCGGUAUACUUCGAAGAAGGCUGCCACCAUAUACCUGAUAAUGCGAUAACUAUUGAAAUAGCACCUCAUGGUCUCCUGAACGCCAUUUUAAAACGUUCUUUACCGAAAACUGUACACAAUAUUCCAUUAACUUGGAAAAAUAGUGAAAACAGCGUAGAAUAUCUACUAAGUGCCUUAGGCCAAUUCUACGAAGCCGGUGGUGAGAUGGAGCUGAGCCACCUUUAUCCGGAAAUCGAGUUCCCAGUAAGCAGAUCAACUCCGAUGAUUUCUCCAUUAAUUAAGUGGAAAUACGAAGAACAGCAAAAGCCUUAUAACAUGAGUGCGAAUACAAAUCAAUCAAAUGAGAGAUAUUACACGGUUGAUCCGAAUAGUGAAGAAUAUAAUUAUCUUUGGGGUCACAUCAUUGGAGAUAGGAAUUUGUAUCCUGGCAGUGGUUAUUUGGUAAGGACUUAA